AUUUCCGUAAAGCUAUCUCAGAGCGACAUACGGCAAUGAGGAGCGUUUCGCUAUUGGAAUUUUAUUAUGAAAAUCAAUACUGUGUAUGUAUACGUAUAUUGCUGCUUCACGGAAACUGGGCUAAUGAUGAUAUGAUGUAGCUAUGUGUUGGCAUGCAGCAAUGGAGUGACAAGAAUAAGCGUAAGUCAUGGGCAGGAAGAUUCGUUACAUCGGCCGAUAUGUCAUGGAGGCCCGGACAUUGGGGAAGGGCAAUUUUGCCCGUGUUGAAUUGGCCAUACACAACAUUGCUCAUUGUAAGGUCGCCAUCAAAAUAAUUGAUACACGUAAGAUUAAGGAGGAUUAUGUUAAGACGAAUCUCCACCGUGAGGCGAGGAUCAUGGCACAGUUAAGACACCCAAACAUCAUUAGAUUGUUUGAGACAUUAAAAGCAACAACGCUGUACUGUUUAGUGACGGAAUUCGCGGCGGGAGGGGAACUUCUUGCGUACAUCAAGACUCAGAAGGACGCUAGGCUGACUGAGACACAAGCGAGGCCGUAUGUUCGCCAGAUGCUCUCCGCUCUUCAUUAUCUCCAUGAUCGUGAUGUAGUCCACAGAGACCUGAAAAUGGAAAAUAUCAUGCUUGAUGAGAGUAAGAAAAAUAUAAAGAUAAUCGACUUUGGACUGAGCAACAUUUAUAACAAAGAAUAUCAGUUGAAGACACAUUGUGGAUCCCCCGAGUACGCGGCGCCAGAGCUGUUUAUUCAAGGCAAGACAUAUGGGCCAGAGGUUGAUAUUUGGAGUCUAGGGGUGAUUAUGUAUGCCCUUGUUGUUGGUCGACUUCCAUUCACGACGCCAUACACUGACCAGUACCGCCGACAAAAACUCCUCCAACAAAUCAACAAGGGACUUUCACAGUAUCAUGAAAAGGAGAUGGUCUACCUUACAACAGAUUGCAAAAACAUUCUUCGUCAGUUGAUUGAGCCUAAUGCUGAACUGAGGCUCCCUUUGCUGGAAAUUGAGAUCCACGCGUGGACCACAAAGGGCGGGAGGUCACCAUUCUACCCAUACCAACCUCCCCCAAGAGACAAAACAAUUAGAUCUCAGGUCAUAGAGGAAAUGUCUAAACUGUUGGAUAUGGAAAGAGAAAAAGUUGAAAGGACUGUACACGAGUACAAGUCAGAUGAGGUAUCUGCAAUGUAUAACAUGAUGCUGGAUGAAAAGAAAAGAGAUCUGGGUUACUUUGAGCAGGACCAUACGCUGAGACAACAUCUGAGAGUAGCUCAUGGGAGGCAUAUCAUGCGACAAAACACGCACGACACAGACAUCUCAGAAAAUGACGACUCCAGCCCCAGAAAGGUAACAUUAAAGGAAAAAUUUGAAAGAGUUGAGGAGAAUGGAUUUGUUAAAGAUACCACUUCAGAAACACGCCAGAUUCAAGACCCUGUGCAGUCUACUUCGUAUGAUGUAUGCCCUAAUACCAGUAGUUCUAAACUGAUUCCAAUCUUGAGGCAACCGCAGAAAGUGAGCCAGGUCCAUCAGUCGCUCCUUGGAGAUACUGCUAACGAUGCCGACAGACCCAUGGCUGCUUUAUCCAUUGCAGCCCAUCUUCACCCAAGGCCUAAAAGUCCCAGCAAAAUACCUGCACCUUUAUUUCAAGCAUCGAUAGUAGACAAUAUUGGAGCGCACGGACAAAACUCAACAUCAAUUGGGGAACUUUAUAAAGUCCCUGAUAAAGACAUAGUGAAUAAUAACAAACACCCACCAACCGCCCACCAUAGGUGUAAUAGUAGUAGUUUGGCUAGGAAUAACGGGUUUCCAGAGAAAUCUAAAACUCGGGUUUCUCCCCCAUGUAGACCGUCAACUCUAAGAAUGGAGCAAAUACCAAAUGAAAGUCAGAAUAGAAAAGCUAAACGUGGUUUGGAACCGGACAAAAGUAAAGGAGCCAUCUCAAAAUAUGCAUACAUACCUCCUCCAGUUGCACCAGCACUAUCUACCACAGACAGCAAUAACAGCUCAGACUGGCGGACUGAUUUUAGAUACAUGGCCCACUCACCGGUGGAACUUGCUCCGAAAGCAGUUUCUGAGACCAUGUCUAGUAUCGGAUAUACUCCAAGUCCUGCUAAUGACCUUGAUGAACCUGAUCAUAUGUUUGAAUUCCCCAAGGGUGAUGACCCUUUGCAGUUAGUUAAUGCCUCAGAUGAUGAAAAAUUGCAGUGUUUGUCCAAAAUGGGACCCGGUGAUUACCCAUGUAUUAAUGACAGUAUGCCCUUUGAAUUUGAUAUUGAGGAGCCCGAGCCAUAUAGACCCACCAAUUACUGUAUCGACGAGGAGAGUUUAGAAAGAAAGAUAUCUGAGAUAAAAUUGACAGAUUCUAAAACGUAUCUUAUUAAUAAAAUGAUCAAUAAAGUUGAUGCCUGUGAUAUACCUAAUGCUUCCACCGAGAGACUUCUGGCUUGCUCUAAUGACCUCCAAAGUGACUCCACUACAUAUCCAUCAAAAAAUGGUACUGCUUGGCACUCCAACCUUCGCUCAACCAAACAAUCUAAUGGACGUAUCAAAGGUAGAUCAAAGCUUAGUAGCCAGCUAAAUAAAUUUGUCAACCCAAGGGCAAAGUGUAAAAAACCUAGCGAACGAGAACCUGCAUGUGAUCAGCCCGUAGAGGAAGUCAAUGGUCCAGCUAUGCAAGCCCCACUGCCAGCUACCCUCGCUUCUUCCCAUGAUUCUUCCAGUUUAAUAGCUGCUUCCAAUGGCAAUAAUAAUAUGAUAAAAGCUUCUGCAAAAGCUGAAUUAGCAAUAGAGGAUACUGAGUCCAACGGGUCCAUCACGGAUGUCACAUUUCGUGGUAAAGAUGCCAUCCUUGAUAAAACACAUGCGCAUGAUAUUGACACGACAGGCGACGAGGAUCAACAACGUAAAACAACGAACUCUAGUGGCAAUGGAAAGACAGCUUUAAUACACCCAGAGGAGAAAACAUAUAUACCUUCGAAGGAUAGUAAUCAGAAAAAGACGCAAGCUGCGCACCAGCUACUGCUUAUGGAACGCUAUGACUCACAAAAGCGAAAGACUACAUGGAAGGAAGGCAUUACCCGGUUUAUACGGCGAGCCUGUUCACCCCGAGCUCGUUCACCUCGUCCUCGCCAACAUGGCAGUACUCAAAGAAGCACCUCAAACAAUAAAGUAUUGCACAGACAUAAUAAUGGAACGGCAAAUCGGGGCAAUAGAGAUGAGUACACGGAAGUGGAAACUAAAUGGCCAACUUGCGAAGAAACCUUUCCAGAACAAGAGGCGACUGUAACAAGUGAUUCUGUUGAACGACAGGGUAGUCCUCCUCAAGCUCUUCAAAUGUAUGACAUCGGCGGUGGUCGCUAUCAACAUGAUGGCGCUAGAGUAAACAAAGUCAAGCAUAGAAGAGCUCUAUGUGUCCCCAGAGGAUGUGUUCACUGGCCGAGCUGCAGGGAAUGUGGACACAGCCCCCACUCAGAUCAGGAGAGUAUACCUGACAAUAACGAGGAUGCCAACCAAAAGAUGGACCGCAACAUUAUGGCGGUUAUAAAAAUGUCUGGAAAUGUUAAUAAUUUGCAAGAUUCACAGAGAUAUACCGUAUAUAAAAUGGCUAAGUCUUAA